CACGUCCAAUUCCUUCAUCCCAAACACAUCUACUCCCACUAUUACUACUACAAGGGUUUUUGGAGAUGGCCUCAAAGACCUCUGCAAUAGUAGUUGCUCUUUUCCUCUCCGUCAACCUUCUCUUCUUUUCCUUUGCCACUGCUACUAAUAGCAGCCCAUGCCUUUGUACCAGUUGCUCUUGCAACCCAAAUCCAAACCCUAACCCUAAUCCUACCCCAACUCCCACACCUUCAAGUGGUACCUGCCCUAGAGAUGCACUGAAGCUGGGCGUAUGUGCCAAUUUGCUAGGGUUGGUGAAUGUGGUUGUGGGGUCCCCACCAACACUCCCAUGUUGCUCUCUCAUCCAAGGGCUCGCCGAUCUUGAGGCCGCCCUGUGCCUGUGCACUGCCAUCAGAGCCAAUGUCUUGGGCAUCAACCUCAACAUUCCGAUUACCCUAAGCUUGAUUUUGAAUGACUGUGGGAGGAGGGUCCCAACCGGGUUCGUAUGCGCAUAACAACCGUUGGAUGAGUUUAUUCUCUUAUUUCCUUACUAUUAUGCUUUUUAAGUUUUGUUGGGGUGCACUUGAAUAAGAAGUCUUCAAGAGUUUCUACAUUUGGAAAUAUAAUUCUUAUGUUAGUAUUGAGUGGUAUGUAAGGGUGUUUGGAGCUGACAUACAUUUCAGUGAAAUGAAAAUAAGAUGAUUUUAUUAUGGUAGAA